GAGUAAAUGUGCUGAGUUUUCAUGUAAGAUGCAUACAAGCUGUUCUUUGUUAGAUUAUUUGUUUAGCACAUACUCACAAAUGCACAUGGUUAUUCAUUCAGCUGAGACUUUUCCCUGACUUAGUCAGGAAAUAUUAUUUGUGUUAUAUAAUAUAUAAUGUUUUUAAUGUACUACAGCCAUAGUGUUUGUUAGGGAACACCAUCGUCUAUCUUGUGAUACAGAAUAGGAUUUCUGAAUAAUUGCUGGUCACUUGCCAAAAAUGGCUGAAGAUAAGAGAAAGGCUACUCCUUACCAGCACUUGACCUGUGACUGGUGUUAAUGCCCUAGUUGUUACGUUUUACUUGUCAAGCCUCUCUCAAAUACACCAUGCUUUUGAGAUGGUGAAUGUCUUGGCUUGCUGUAACUGGCAUAAUAGUACGCUGGCCGGCUUUGGCCAGAGGAGGAGGGAGAUGAUGGGGGAUGGCUACAGGUCCUGAGCCCUGCUCGCUGAGUUUCCGAUCAGCUCAAUCCGGGAUUAGUUCACUGACGGAGAUGGUGCUGACCCUUUGCCAAAUUGGGCCUUACAGCUACACCCACUUACCCUGCUGGACAAACAACUGAGAGAUGGAGGCAUUCAUUGAAAAUUUUCCCUGGCAAGAUGGCCCCUGGAACCAGGACCAGGUUGAGAGCAGAAAGUCAUUACUUCAAAAUCUGCCUUUAACGUUUGCUGCACCUAUUGUGCAAGGUUACUAGGACAUUGCUGUGUUUACUGUAUGGAGUAUUUAUAACAGCAGAUCAAGAGACUCCUGAGGCAAAUUCCUCCCGGGGAAUGUUUCCGCUGUUCUCGGGGGGACAAGCGGAGCAAUUACACAGUCUGUCUGAGUCGAGGAGGGAGCACUGUGUUAACCACAAAGCGCACGUAAAGCUAAAAAAACCCACCGUUUCUGCUUUCAGGGGACUUCAGCGGGUGCAAGCCAGAGAGAUAAACUGGUCUCCCAUUGGCAGGUCCCUGGAUGCCCCGCGGCGAACUGUCCUCGGCCGCCCAGUUCUUCCCAAUGGCCGGGAGUUGACCAAGCCCACCAAGAUGACGCUGCGCGAGCAGCUGAGAGAGAAGAUUUCAGCGGCCUUCUACCGCCACGGGCUGCUGUGUGCCUCCUAUCCAGUACCCAUCAUCCUCUUCACCUCGGCCAGCAUCCUCACCUGCUGCUAUCCGUUAUUGAGGCUCCCCCUGCCUGGGACGGGUCCUGUGGAGUUCACCACAGGGCUGCGAGACUACAGCGUUCCUUUCCAUGAGCCUCAGGGUGACUUUGGAGAGCGCCCUGACUGGUACCGGGGUCCUCCGGUCGCCUACAUCCAGCAGGUGUUGGUGAAGGCAGCAGUGUCUCCAUGGGACAACAGCCUGGUGCCGGUGGAUGUCUUUCGGUCGCCUCUUGGUCGAGUCUUCAAUCUGCUGGAAGAGAUCCGCAACCAUGUUCACUCCGACAGCUCCGGCAUUCGCAGUCUGGAGUCUUUGUGUCUCCAGGUGACAGAUCUGUUUCCAGGGUUACGGCGGAUGCAGUCGGUGCUGCCAGAGCAUGGCUGCCUUCUUGUUUCUCCUGGCAACUACUGGCAGAACCAACGGGAGCUGUUUGACUCGGACCCCGACCCCCUCAAGACCAUCCAGAAACAUGAACCGAAAGGCUUGCACACCUCAGCGACAUUGCGAGACUUGCUGUUCGGGGUUCCUGUGAAGUACUCGGGGGUCAGUCACUACAACAGGAAGAGGGUGGUGACCUACACAAUCACUGUAGUUCUAUCCAGUUAUGAUGCAAGGUUCCUAGGCAGCCUACGGGCCCGGCUGAAGCAGCUUCACCCAUCCGCCAACUGCACCCUCAGAGAUGACCACAUGGUUCACGUCCACUUCAAGGAGGAGAUCGGCAUUGCUGAACUCAUCCCGCUCGUCACCACAUACAUCAUUCUUUUUGCCUACAUCUACUUCUCUACACGUAAGAUCGACAUGGUGAAAUCUAAGUGGGGCCUUGCUCUGGCUGCUGUGGUCACAGUGCUCAGCUCUCUGCUCAUGUCUGUGGGUCUGUGUACACUGUUUGGACUGACACCCACACUUAAUGGAGGUGAGAUCUUCCCUUAUCUGGUGGUGGUAAUCGGGCUGGAGAACGUCUUGGUGCUCACCAAGUCUGUGGUUUCCACCCCUGUCGACCUCGAGGUCAAACUGCGCAUAGCUCAAGGCCUUAGUAAUGAGAGCUGGUCUAUCAUGAAGAAUAUGGCCACUGAGCUGUGUAUUAUCCUCAUUGGAUAUUUCACUCUUGUGCCAGCUAUCCAGGAAUUCUGUUUAUUUGCUGUUGUGGGGCUGGUGUCUGACUUCUUCCUGCAGAUGUUUUUCUUCACCACUGUACUAUCUAUAGACAUUCGCCGCAUGGAGCUGGCUGACCUGAACCGCCGCCUGCCAGCUGAAGCAGGUAUGCCUCCACCCAAGCCAGGCCCCCUGCGUACACGUGAGGUACCCCCUCCACCGCGACCCUCUCCGCAUACAAUCACUCUGCAGACACCAGCCUUUAGAAACUUGAGGCUCCCCAAGAGGCUGCGUGUGGUGUACUUCCUGGCUCGCACGCGCCUGGCUCAGCGCAUCAUCAUGGCUGGCACAGUGAUCUGGAUUGGUAUCCUUGUGUAUACCGACCCAGCUGGAAUCCGCACCUACCUGGCUGCACAGGUGUCUGAACAAAGCCCCUUAGGCGACACCGGGGGAGGUGGUCUGCCCCCACACCUGGGAGUGGCCCCGGUUUUUCGAGGUGGGGAUCCUACCAGCACCUUGAGCAUCCAUCGUGCACCAGAUCCAACUCCUUUACCUGAGAACCAAUCGCAGGGACAUCAUGGCCCUCCAAGGGCAGGGCCCAUUCCACAGUCCCCACCCGCUGUACCUCAGAUCACCUGGGGGGAGGAGGAUGAGGAGGGAUGGAGGAGACUGUCCUUCAGGCACUGGCCAUCACUCUUCAGUUACUACAACAUCACUUUAGCAAAAAGGUACAUUAGCAUCUUACCUGUCAUCCCAAUCACUGUUCAUCUGACACCCCAGGAGGCCAUUGACGCACGUCACCCUCAGGACACGAGACACCCUCAACCACCCAUUCUCAAGGUUUCUGCUGACUUGCAGACAGACCUCACCCUCUACAAGGUGGCAGCUCUGGGCCUGGCUGCGGGUGUCCUGCUGGUUCUGCUGCUCUUCUGUCUGUAUCGCGUUCUCUGCCCACGAAACUACGGUCAGAAUGGUGUCCCUCACGGGCGGCGGCGGCGAGGGGACCUGCCCUGUGACGAUUACGGCUAUUCACCACCUGUCAGCGAGAUCUCACCACUGCUGCUGAGGGGCCACAGUAUGGAUAUCGAGUGUUUGGCUAGCGAUGGGAUGCUGUUAGCUAGCUGCUGCCUGGCUGGACAGAUCCGGGUUUGGGACGCACAGACUGGGGACUGCUUGACUGUCAUUCCAAAUCAUGGGCUGAGGCGGAGCAGCAGCAGUGGCUGCUGGGACCACCGGAAUGGCUGGGACAGCAUGACCGGGGCUCAAGAAUCAGAGUGUUUGAGUCCUGAACGAGACAUCUCGUUUAAUGGAGACGGGCUGACAGAGGACGAGCUCUACCCAGUAAGACGCCGCACCACGCCCAGUCGUCCCACUCUUUUCAUUGACCAGCCCGAUCUCACCCCGCUCAUUGACACCAACUUCACCUCCCAGCCCCCUUCCCACCUGUCCACCGCACCCAGAGCAGGCUUUGAUUUUGGAGGACUGGUGGAGCGUGCCUACAUGGAGCACGAGCCCCCAUCACCAUCUACCUACGCCUCUCCGUCCUCAGCCUCCUCCUCGCCCCCAUCAGGCGCUCAACUCCAGAGGAGUCCGAGCUUAGGGGAAGCAGCUACACCUGUAAUCCAAGAAAGAUCCCCGAUGGCUGUGGCGCAAGCGGCAGGAGACUGGGAAAGUUCUGUCUGGGCCAUGGAGCUCAGAGGAAAUCUGAUAGCUGCCGGGAGGAGCAGCGGCAAACUGGAGCUGUGGGAUGCAGUGGAAGGGUGGCUACGCUGCAGCAAUGAAGACGGUGUUUCUGGGAUCACAGCUCUGGCCUUUCUCAACAACAGAAUUGUGGCAGCUAGGCUGAAUGGGUCCUUGGAUUUCUUCACUGUUGAGAUGAACAAACCUCUGGGUCUGCUGCAGUACAGAGGUCCCCCUGGGCGAAGCAGCAUGCCUCAGUCUCCCUGUUACAGCAGUGAGGAUGUGAUCAGCUGCCAGCUCACACGCUCCGUACAGUGUGCUCACCAAAAGCCGAUCACGGUGCUUCGUGCAGCUGCCGGCAGAGUCGUCACUGGCAGCCAAGACCACACAGUCCGGGUUUAUCGACUGGAGGACUCUUGCUGCCUCUUUACCCUGCAAGGUCACUCUGGAGGGAUUACAGCCAUCUACUUAGACCAGACGAUGGUUCUAGCAAGCGGUGGGCAGGACGGCGCCAUCUGCUUGUGGGAUGUCCUGACAGGGAGCCGAGUCAGCCAUGUUUACGGUCACUGUGGUGAUGUCACCUCGCUGGUGUGUACAACCUCUUGUGUCAUCAGCUCAGGACUGGAUGACCUCAUCUGUAUCUGGGACCGCAGCACUGGAAUCAAGCUGUACUCAAUACAGCAGGAGGUGGGUUGCGGGGCCAGUCUGGGUGUGAUCUCAGAGUCUCUGCUGGUGACGGGGGGGCAGGGCUGCGUCUCCUUCUGGGACCUGAAUUUCGGCGACCUGCUGCAGACGGUGUACCUGGGUCAGAGUAGCGACGGUCAGGGUGUCCGGCAGCUGCUGGUGCUGGACAACGCCGCCAUCGUUUGCGACUUUGGCAGCGAGCUCAGCUUGGUCUACGUUCCCUCAGUGUUGGAGAAACUGGACUGAGAAGGGCUGGCAGCUAUCAGUGGGAACAGUCAAAGGAUCCAGUUUUUGCUUUGUUUCGUUGCUUCUGGCGUUUGGAUGAUGUGCGAUCAUUAGAUACAAGACUAUCUGUUUUAACAGGGAGGUGUUUUAAAGUCUGAAUAUCAUGAGGAAAAACUGGCCGUUGAACCUACUGCGUUUUAUCAGAGCCAUCUUGCUGACGUUACGGAAGGUCACGAGUUUGGUUAAGGUUGGAUUUUUCUCACUUGAAGGGAGCUCGCCAGUUCUGAGUUUGUGCUUUUUGUGCACGCACAUUUGUUUUUGCAGAUCUGCCCUCUAUGCUGCUCACACAGGGCGGGGGGAGGCUUGUGACCCCACCCACCCAGAGAGGAGGACCAUAGAGCUCCUCUUUUUUUUGUUUUCUUUCUUUUUAAUAUUCCUGCUGUGCCGUGCGCUCAACAGCGAAGUGCAGCCACAGAGAGCUCGACAGGUCCAUCGCCUGCGGGGAUGAAUUGAGCGUGUGUGUGUGAGAGAGAGAGAGAUUGAUUGAAUGAGUUUAGACCCUUUUUAUAGUAAAACUGCUGAGAACAAAAGUUGAUUGGUUAUGUGUGCGUUUGUGUGAGGGAGAACCAAUGAUUACUGUAUAAACUAAACCUCCAGAGGGGGCUGUUUUUAUGUCUACAUUUAUUAUUUAUUAGCGAUACUUUUUUUUUUUUCCUUUUUUGAGUAACAGUUUGUAUAUGAAUGACUAAUCACAACUUUUAAAUAAGACCAUAAUAAUGUGGAAAAGGUGACUUAAAUGUAAGAAGGUGUUUAUUUGUUUGGCAGCACUGGGCUUUUGGUUGUUUGUAACACUGAGGUGGAAACACGUGUGUUUGUAGAUUUGGAGGCCGCAGGGAGGCAGAAAGGGUUCCUCCUUUACCCCAUCCUCGGCCUCUGACUCUGGGGUUACUGAUGCUGUAUGAGGGGCUGCUUUUCCCCAGUGUGUUACACCUUCAUCAGGCUACCUCCAUUUUUCAAAUAGCUUGAAUUUUGGAUGACUGAUGUUGCUU